AUGUUUCACCUCUCUCUAUCGCAUCAGCACACUUCAAACCCUUCCCCCUCAGCCACCUCGAAGGCGUGUCUCUACCGUACCCUAGCACCCAUCUCCGUCCUCAUUCAUGGCACCUUGGUUGUGUCCUGCCCUAGCGGCAACUAUCCCAGCCACCUCCACUCCUUGCGCCCUAACCCAGCCUCAUCUUCGAACCCUAAAGCACCUUCAAUCAUCGUGAACCACCGUCAAACAAGCCUUUUUGCACUUCUCUCAUGCCUCCUCAUUCCCAUAUGCUUGAUUUCAUUUGAGAUAAAAUUAGGUUUAAUAAUUAGUUAG